UUCUCGGGGUUUGACCAGCUGUCCCAGGCUAACCCUCUGCUCUCUGAAGAUGGAGGAAGUAAAAACAGGAUUACCCUUAGCUACGGCUCCUCCGCCGCCUUAGUCCCCCCACAGCCAACUGCCGUGCACAAACACACCUCCACUGGGCAGAGGGAGCCGACACUAAUAAACACACAAACAAAAGGGGGAUGGAACUGACUCACUGCCUGCGCGGCUGAGUGUGUGCCUGCCUACCUGGACUAGGGGGAAGAUAAGCACUGCACUUUGACUAUGGAAGCAGAGGCUGUUGAUGGAUAUAUUACAUGUGACAAUGACUAUUCGCCUGAAAGGGAGCACUGCGGCAUGGCCAUCGACCUCACCUCUAGCACUCCCAAUGGGCAGCACACCUCCCCCUGUCACAUGGCAGGCACAAAUUCAGUAAAGCUAGAAAUGCAAAGUGAUGAGGAAUUUGACAGGAAGCCCCUGAUUCAUGAAGAUAUUAUCAGAGCUCACGAUGGAGGAAGCAGCCUGGAAGAUCCCUUCAUUGGGAGUAACGAGAUGGUGGAUAACAGAAAAAUGCAGGAGCUAUCAAGCGAGGGAGGAAUCCGGCUUCCGAAUGGUAAACUGAAAUGUGACGUCUGUGGCAUGGUUUGCAUUGGGCCCAAUGUGCUAAUGGUACAUAAAAGGAGCCACACUGGUGAACGCCCCUUCCACUGUAACCAAUGUGGAGCUUCUUUUACCCAGAAGGGGAACCUGCUGAGGCACAUCAAGUUGCACUCUGGGGAGAAACCGUUCAAAUGUCCCUUCUGUAGCUACGCCUGCCGGCGGAGGGACGCCCUCACAGGACACCUCAGGACACACUCUGUGGGGAAGCCUCACAAGUGCAACUACUGUGGCCGGAGCUACAAGCAGCGCAGUUCUCUGGAGGAGCACAAGGAACGCUGCCACAACUAUCUGCAGAAUGUCAGUCUGGAGGCUGCUGGGCAGGUCAUGAGUCACCAUGUACCUGCUCUGGAAGACUGUAAGGAACAAGAGCCUGUGAUGGACAACAAUAUUUCUGUGGUGCCUUUUGAGAGACCUGCUGUUAUAGAGAAGCUGACGAGCAACAUGGGAAAGCGUAAAAGCUCCACCCCACAGAAGUUUGUGGGUGAAAAGUUCAUGAGAUUUGGCUAUCCAGAUAUCCCCUUUGAUAUGAACCUAAGCUAUGACAAGGAGGCUGAGCUGAUGCAGUCUCACAUGAUGGACCAAGCCAUCACCAAUGCAAUCACCUACCUUGGAACUGAGGCACUUCACCCCCUGAUGCAGCACACACCGAGCACAAUUGCAGAGGUGGCCCCGGUCAUCAGCUCAGCUUACGCUCAGGUCUAUCAUCCCAGCAGGAUAGAGAGGCCCAUCAGCAGGGAAACAGCCGACAGCCACGAGAACAACAUGGAUGGCCCCAUCUCCCUCAUCAGACCAAAGAGUCGAAUCCAGGAUAGAGAGGGCUCCCCCAGCAAUAGCUGCCUGGAUUCUACUGACUCAGACAGCAGCCACGACGACCGCCAGUCCUACCCAGGAAACGCUGCCUUAACCCCCAAGAUCAAGCCAAACCCGGCUUAUGUGAAGGAAGAGGCCAAGCCUUUGGAUGUCACAAAAGCUUCUAAGGGCUCUUUAAAGGAUAUGUACAAGGUGAUCAACGGAGAAGGGGAGCAGAUUAGGGCUUUCAAGUGCGAGCACUGUCGCGUCCUCUUCCUGGACCAUGUCAUGUACACCAUCCACAUGGGCUGCCACGGCUACCGGGACCCGCUGGAGUGCAACAUCUGUGGCUACCGGAGCCAGGACCGCUAUGAGUUCUCGUCGCACAUAGUCCGGGGGGAGCACACAUUCCGCUAGGCCUUCUCAUCCAAAGGGGACUCGUAUGAAGUAGAAGAACUGCACAUGAAGAAAUACUGCACUUACAAUCCCACUUUUCCUCGGACAUUGAGACGCCUAUUUUGUUGUUGUUGCUGUUGUUGUUGUUGCCGUUGUUUAAUUAUUAUUAUUAACCUUAUUUUUUGUGGACCCAACCUCAUUUGCUCUGCCCAGCUUAAGAAUGGAAAGAAGGAAGGGAAUGGAUAAAAGAGGGGUUUGUUGUGGCAAUCAGUUUUUGGGGAGUGACCCGCCUUGCUUUCUGUGGGAAUUGGAAGGCAGUCCGUGUCCGUCUCAGUCAGUUGUACACCAUGUCCUCUUUUGGGAUGUCGCUCAACCAUGCCAGGUGCUUUCAAGUCCCAACAAGAUGCCACUCAUUUGGAAUUUCAGAGGAAUAGGUAGAAACAUUUCAGAGGAGAGCCUUUUUCUAAUGUGAACAUAUGGUACGAGCUUUUGGUGGCUGGAGGAAAGGGGGGGAACUUUGUGCUGCAGAAUGAACAAUUAUUUUUAAAGCAAAACUGGUAGGGAGUUAGGAGCAUGAAGCAAAGUCAAUAUUCCUCUCAAAAUUACUUUCAAGGGUGAGCUGUUUUCCUGGGGUCAGUGUGUAUUGCCUCUCUAGAAUGUAAAUAAAUGGAAAAAAAAUGUAUGUCUUAACACUGUACCACAUUACAGCAGUUUAGUUUCAUAAGUCUGAGGGCCUUCUGUGGUAAGUUUGAGGCUUUGUGUUUUUACUUUUCUUAACUUAUGAAGCACCUUUUUUUAGAAUUGUUGAUAUUCUGUUACUCCAUGCCUAUGUGUUGUCUCACUGGCUCCUUAGAGACCCUUGGGAGCCUUAUUUCUUUAGUUGCACCCUAAUUUUUAAGAAAGAACAUUUAGAAAUAACAUUUAAACUUGCUUCUAGGACAAUAAAUGGCCUAGGAGUGGAUGAGAGUCUGUAGUUUACUCUGCUGCUCUUCAGAAAUACUUCUGGGUUAAAAUUAUGGAUUUAAAAAUGACAAAAGUACUAGUAGCAAAAUUGUUCUUUAAAUAUAGGUAUAUAUAGAUACAUAAUUAUGUAAAUACUUUCUCAUUCUACUAUCACAGUGUUAACCUCUUGGCAACAGCCUGAACUAAGACUUGCAGCUGGGAAAGCGUUAGGAGCCAGAUCCUUGGCCAGCAUUAAUCCUCUUGGCUCCAUUGAAUUUAAUGGAACUGCCCCAACUACUUCAGCUACAUCAGGAUCUGAACCUUGACUGUUUUUUCUUUUGUUGACUCCUUACUUGGUAAUUUGUUUAAACCACUGACUUCCUUUUGUUUGUAUGUCAUCAAUUCUGCUUAAUUUAGAAGUGGAAGUAUUAGCAGGUUUUGCUGGAUAGCCUUGGCUCCUGGUGAGCACAGAAGCCUGGCAAGUCAACAGGUCACAUACAACCAUCCCUACUUUUUCAGAGAGAGAUAAGUGGAGAUGUAGGUGCUGUGUAUUGGACUUAAAGAUUUCAUUUUUAUUCCUAAUUUAAUAAUUUCCCCAUAGGGAAAGCAAAUGGAGAAAUGGACUCUGAAGAGAGUCCUUGACCUACAGACUGGACAAGAAAACAAGUCCACUGAUAUGUUUUGUUUCCUUUCUUUCUCUCUCAGUAAAUAACAAAGCCAGCAACUACCCGGCAAGUUGCAUCAGUAAAAACUGGGCUUAAACCUACAGGACAGAUUGCCAUUGAAACCCAACUGUUUGUACCAAUCACAAUUGAAAUGUUGUUGUUUGGCAACAAGAGCACAGCUUGAGAAUGGAAAGAUCUGGAUGGGUUUAACCCCCUCAGCACACACGGUCUCCAUGCGCUUGGGGGGACCUUUUCCAAAGGAUAAAGUUACUAAAGUAUAAAAGAGAGAGCAAGAUCAGGCCAUAAUGAAUUCCCAUCUGCUCCCUCCAAUCUGUGCACUUGAUGCAUAUGCCAGUUUGCUGUUCGUUUUGAGGGUACUGGAUUUUUUUCUUCUUCUCUUCCUAGACCUGGAGCAUUUGAAAGUAGGAGCUGAAAGGUAUUGAUUGAAAUCUUUUUAUGGUGACAUUCUUGGCAGCUAGAACCUGUGUUUAGAAAGAAUACAGUAGAUCAUGGCCAGAUUACCUGAUGACUGCUUCCCAGCACUGCAAUGCUAUUAAGUAGGAGCUGGUAAAGUCUUGCAGUAGCCUAUUAAUUAUAAUACAAUAUGGAGAGAAAUGUCAUCUUGUGUAAUGUGAGACCUAUCAAGGCUGGGAAUAUGCAGGCUUUGGAGAGACAGAUUUAAAGAUCUAUUCCCAACAUUGUUCUUAAUGUCCUUGGGUUCCUCCCCCUCCUUCUUUCUUCACCCUAAUGUAGAAGAAACUGGGGCAAAUGAACCAGUGCCAUCCUCCAGACCAUUCUUGUUGUCUUGUGCCUGGUGCAGUCAAAAGAGUUUGUGCAGGAGAAAAGCAGGGAGAUGCUGGAGGGCAUUGCUUUUAUUCUGUGUGGCUGAUUCUCUGCAGUGAGGGAGGUGGGCUUAGGAGGCGGGUGGCUGUGCUUUGUGUCAGGAUGUGCCUGGAAAUGAAGAAAAGAAAAAAGUGGUGAUUUGCUGAGGCAGGAAACAUCCUUUAAGAACAAGGUGGAAAGAGAAAGGUCUUGGGCCUUGAGGGUUGCUGGGCUUUCCUGGGCCUCCAGAAAAACACAUGCCCAAGCUAGAGAGAAAGGUUGCCGGCAAAUCCCUUCAGUCUCUGGGGGAAGCACUCCGUUCUCCCCUCUGUGGUCAGUGAAAGAACAUUGGGCUGUGGUUUCUUGGAAUAGCUAGCACUAGGGAAAAAGUGUUUAAAAUGUCUGCCUUUGUUUGGGAAAGCACCAGAAUACGGGAAAGGUAGAGACUCUCUUGUGUAUCCACAGAUCAGUUGGCUGCAAUUACAUCUGCAGUUCGUUAGUGUGCACUUGGGCUCACUGAUGACUCACUGAUGCCUCCGGUAAGGUGUAUUCUGUGGCUGUUCAAAGGAUCACAUGGGGAGGCCCACUGAUUUUGGACCUGGCUUCAGUCAAGUCCAGCUUCUUGAUCUAAUGGUAGCAGCUGAGGUUUGGAUGUCCUGGUAUCACAGGCACAGGGAACUGGGGAGGCACUGGGGAGUUAUCUUAAAGAAACUACAUUUUUUGGAGAGAAAGAAACUUGAGGGGUCAUAUUGAUUUUUUAUUAUCAAUGUCCUUUUCUAAACAUUUACAGAAGACUUUUAUCCUAGAGUUAGGAAAAUAAGAAAGAUUAAAUUCUAGUUCAAAUUUUGAACAAAAUUUUGAAUUAUCAUGUACUUUAGAAUUCACUUCCUACUGCAAAUUAUUAGAGAGCUUUAUGUAAUGCAGUUUGUUCCUUCAUAAAAGUGAGCAAAACGGGGCAGCAGAGAUUUCUUUGGGUGUUUUUUCUUGCUUGCUCUCUGCAAGAAUUGGAUUUCUAAGAAAAGCUCUUGAGUUUCGUCAAGUUCAUUAGUCAUUCAUAGUGUACUAGGAAUUUCAGUAGCUAAUCCUUGGCCUCUAAAUCCGUUUGUUCUGAGUAUUUGGUGCUGGAAAUCGAAUCUGGCUGAUUUUUAUUGGACUCUUUUGAAAUUCUUGGAAUCAGGUUUCCGGUUAGAAACAUGCAUUUGCAAAUUUAGAGUUGGCUUCCUGUGAGCAUUCCCCAUUUUCAUUAGAAAAAAAAAAAUCUGUGCGCUUCUCUGCCAGUAAAUCCUUUUGCUUCUUUUACAUCAAAAAUGGCAAUAUUCUGACUUAGUUUAGAGGAUUACAAGCCUAUUAAUUUAAGGAGAAGUGUGACUGCUUAUUCUGCUCUUGGUGUGAUCCAUAUCCUUGGAGCAAAGGGCAUUAUCUAUAUAUCUGCAGUUAUGACUGAUUAAUUUUACAGCCACCUCUCUUUGUAAUCUGUUAGGAGUGCACAUCAAAAUACACUGCAUUUUUCAGUAAAGCCUGCUCUUUAGUCAGUAACUUAUGGGAUUAAAAUAAUUUUAUUCUCUUUAAAAAGUGCUUUCAUCUAUGAUGUGAUGUGAAAGGUGUCUAGGCAUUAACCUGUAGUGGUCUGUAGCAGAGAGGAAGAUUUUAAAUGGGUUAAUGGGCCUGAUUUUUAGUGGUACUGGUUUCUACAAUGUUAGGACCCAGCUCACAAAGUAGCCAUGUGGACCUAAAGUAUGUUUAUUCAAGGUGAAGAGAUUCUCAAUUGUCAGAGUUUGCAAAUUUCUUUCUGUUUACAAGGGCUUCCGUAAAUUUGUGCUGUCAGGCAGGAGGUCAGUAAUGAAACCCAACCCUUCAAAACUGGGCUUUCAUGGGGCAUUAUUACUGUUGCCCAGGCCCUGGGCUAGCUUGUUCUGAUUUGAAAGAAGCCAGACAACAGACACUCCUUCCUCCAGAGAGAAACUUUGGAGAUAACUGCAGCAAAGGUGCUUAUUUCAGCCAAGGGCAGGAGCUACAGUAAUGCAGCUCCUUCACUGGAUAAAUUCCUUUCCUUAACUCUUGCUGUGCUUUUUAAUGUAAUGAGGGGGGACGGGGAGGCUGCCAGUCACCUAAAGUCAGUGUGGGAUUUUAGGAAAAGAGUGAUGAAAUUGGCUUUUCUGAUAGUAAUUCACAUCUUAGCUUGGCUUAAUAGCAUUUAAAAACAAAAGUGGAUGGCCUGUGGUCUGGGGCAGCUGGAGAGCUUGAGAAAGUACAUUUAUAUAUAUAUAUAUAUAUAUGGUAUUGUGUAGUUAGAGAUGUGCUUUAUUGUAUAUGUGCCUUUUCCAAAUGCAUUUUGGGAGAUCCUGAUGUCGUUUGUGAUAUCCUACCAGACCCUUUCAGAAUGCACAACAAAAACCAACCCAAAGGAAACAUCCCUUCUCCUGCUCUGCACCCUCCUUGGCAGCUUGACCCGGAGAGAGGACCCUAUUCAGUACUUUGCUGUGACAUUUCCUGGAGUCAGACAGCUUUUAGGAGUGGGAAGGGCUGAAAAUUACCCCAGCAAAGUACAUUCCAGCUAUCCAGCCAGAGCUGGUCUGUAGCUAGUCCCAGGGAGCACGGCAUCCCCAGCACAAUGCCAGGACUUGCCGUGGCAGCCCCCAGCUGCACCGUGCCCUAUGGAGAGCCAGGGAAGCAUCUCCUGUUUCCUCCCUCUCAGCGCUUUAAGUAAAGCACCCUUGGAAGUGGACUUUGCUCUGCUUUAGAGUUCCCACUUAGGUCUGGGAGCAGACUUUAAAGCACUUGCUUCUUGCUUCAGCCUGGAAAAACAAAUGUGGCGAGUCCUUUGGAAGUGGUUUGCAAGUUUGCCUGUCACGCUGCUGCCACCGCAGGAAUUGGCACAGAGACGAGAGAAGCUCAUCCGUAGGAGGCGUUCAGGGGGCUCACGAGGUGGAGCACUGUGGUGACGAGCACAGUGCCGGUUCUGGGACUUUCCCAGCGGGUUGGUGACCUGGUUUCAGGUGCAGUUGUUCCCCCUGCAAGGCUGCAGAGCUGAGUGUGCCAGCACAGCCAAGGUAGGAGGGCCACCGUGGGCAAGGUGGCUGGGCCAGCAGGCUUUGGGCAGACCCUGAGCCCAGCAACAGCCCAGAGCCACCCCCUCGGCAACGCUCUGCUGAGCCCAGGCCAGAGCAGCCAAAGAAGGGUGGUGAGGGGAGCAGUUAGGUAGAAAAGAGCUAGAAUUUGCUUCAUAGUGAAUAGAUUCCCUUAUAUCCAAUUGAUGUGUUCUGAGAUAAAAGCAAAGAACCUCGCUGGUUUCAAACUUAGUUUCUAAUUUGACCUCCUACAACAGCACCUUAAAAGGUGGGUUGUGUCCUUCUUGUACCCAGCUCUGAAAUAUGCAGAGGACAGUCAGGAGGAGGGCUGGGCUCAGGCUUUGCCAUGCUGCAUGCUUAUCAGGCCAAGAAAACAGAAAAACCAGUCUCUGUUUAAUUCACCUACCUUCCCAGUUGAUCAUGCAGAUUCCUGGUUCCUGUUCGCUUCCAGCCUUUGGAAGGGUGUUUAUCAGUGUGCACACUUGGGUUCUCAUCUUUGAAGAUAACUUCCCAUGCUAUCUCCUUCUGUACAAACUUCUGCUUUUCAUCUUGGGGCCUAAUUAAUCACUGGACAGAAAUGACCAUUUCAACAGAAACCUGCAUAGUUGUAGUUAAACUAAUAUUUUUUUACCGUUGGAAAAAAAAAACCCCACAAAAAAACUGUGAUAUUUUGACUAGCAGUACGUGAAGUAUUUCAACAGACUGAAUGACAGUGAAGUUAAUCAGAUCAUGUCUUGAGAGGGGCUGGUACCAUGUGGACCCUGUUGGGAGAAAGGAAGCAGCCUGGCCAGAGCUGGGGCCAGCGCUUCCUUUCCAUAGCGGGUGCUGGUUUAGGCAACUGCACUGCAGCCCAGGAAAACAUUUGAGCACCAUCAGCCUCGUGCCAUCCCUUUGGCUGGAGCUGGACGUGCACAGGAGCUUUGCAGCUGGCCAUGUGUCUGGUCACUCCCAUCACCUGCGGGAUCAGGGUGCAGCACAGCAGCUCUGGGUGGCGGCACUGAAGGCGUUCCCUUAUUCCACGUAGCAGCCUUAAUCCCUGGCCCUCGGAGGUACCUGGGUAGCCACAGCCUCUGUCUGUGUCACCGGGCUGGGUAAAGGACAGGGGGGAGCACAGCUCCUUACGGGCACACUUUGCAGUAAAUUGGGCCAUUUAGUUUUACCUCAAGUGACAUCGAGUAAGAAAAGCUUCUUGCAGGGGGUGGAGGUCACUGAGUCCCUACUAUGCACUUACUGGGAUUUGACACUGCUUACUGGAAAUGGAUGUUCGUUCCUGAACACACUGUAACAAGGGAAGGACUUUUUUUGGUUGUUUUUGUAGUCGUUCAGAUUCUGAAACUGUGAUCAAUUAUUUGACGAAUUGUCAAGUGUCCUCAGAGCUUGAACACGUUCACUUCCUCACCAUGUAGCAGUCUCCUCUGGCUUUCUGUGCUUUUCUCUUUCCCUCUUUUCCUUCUCGGAGCUUUAAGUCUGGGCCUGCUCUUAUCUCCUGUAGCUUUGGGCUGUCUAGGGGUUUGGGGGGGUGGGUGGUUUUUGGGGUUUUUUGUUCAUUGGCUGUACAGUCUGUUUACAUAUUUUUGUACUCGAGUGUAGUUUUUUAUUAAAAACAGAAAAAAAAAGAAAAAAAAAUAAGGUACAUACUCUUUGUAACACUUUAAAGAUCUAGGGUUCCUUUGAGAUGACUCUACAGUGAUGUAAUUAUAAUACUGUAUAUUUGCCUUCCUUUUUAGUUGGUUUUAUUUUCUGUUUUGUUUUGGUUUUUUUUCCUAAAAUAUAUAUCUUUUUAUGAGAAACUGGAAACUUUUAAUGCAAAUGUUUAGAAAGAUUUAAAAGUUGUAAAGUUAAAAAAAAAAAAGUCAUAUAAUUUUUUUUUCCUGUUGGAAAAAAUGCUUUAAAAAAAGUUUUACUACUGUUAUAUUCCAGGGUGGGGGUUACCAACCCCAAGUUUGCUUCUUAUGCUUCAUUCUUGGAUCCUGCUUUCUAAAAGUGAUCAUUGCAGACAUGGAUGAUUUGCUUGUAUUAAUUCUAAAAACAAACAUCACCAACAUUUGGGUUAUUUUUCUGUUCAAGUGCAAUACUUACCCUGACAUCUUAUUAAUAUACAGUGGUUUCUGUGUUCCUUCCUCAGCCCAUACAAAUCAGUGAAACAAAAUGCUCUGCCCUAAAUGCAUUUAAAGAUACAGUUCAAGUAAACUGAUUGCGAUUGACAAAAGAUGAGAAACUGUAAAUUAAGGCUAAAGCCCCUAAUUUACCUCCUGCUUGUCGCUGGCAUUGAAACACAUCCAGAAUUAAGGACAUACCUGUUCUUGACUCUUCCUUCCUCUUCUUUUCUAAUUGCAGCUUUUUUAAGAAAAGCACUUAAUAUUGGUGUUUAUUAAAAAUGACAAAAAAUAAAAAAGAUCUUUUGGUCUGAUCCAAAACCCACUCAGUGGAGUGUUGGCUUUGACGAUGGAUUUUGGAUUAGGCCUAAUCUCUUAGCUAGGGUAAAACUGCCAUUUACUCUAGGGAGAGAUUUGCCUGCGUAAGAAUUACAGGACUCAUGUCCUUUAUCUACCUGAGAGACCAGAAAAGCUUCUUUAGAGUUGUCCUUGUCUUAUAUAAGUUUAGAUGGGACUUGUUUUACAUAUGAUACGUAUUUAUAUAUAGUGUAUUUUUAAUGCCUUCCCUCCUGCCCCCCAGUAGACUGAAGCCGCUGUUGUGUAAAUAUGUAUUUAGGUACGUAAUAAAAAAAAAAAGGAAUAAAAUCCCAUUGAGAUUUCUUGGAAAGGCAGUUACUGCGCAUGCACAGUAGCCACUUUUGUCUUUUAAAUUUGUAUUUAAGAGAUUUCUUUUUAAUAAUAACAAAGGCGAGGAGACUGCCUCCCCUUCUGAUUGAUUGCCAAAAUCGUUGCCCAGCCCCUGGUGUCUGAGCUGAAGAAGAACAACGCGUUCAGUGGGCGACUGUGGCGGUGCCCGCUGGUCUCACCCCUUGGGCCAGAUUUUGGGAGCCCCCCGUGGGCGGCUCGGCUCCUGCUGCUCACGGGGCCCGCGCUGAGCAGCGGGACCCGGGCACUGCCCUGCCGGGCAGCGGGGCUGCGGCUGCGCCCGCUGCUCACGGCAUCUCCCCCGGCCGCUCUGAGCUGCGCUCUGCCCUCCUCAGUGCUCUUUUCCUGACCGCAGCCGGCCGACUGACCUGGGAAAUUACCCCUUUUUUUCCUCCCAGGUGUAAGAAUUUUUAGUUCUGUGAUAGAUCUUCUGAGCUCAAAUUGAGGAAUCUUUUAAAUUAAAAAAAAUAUAUACAAAUAAAAUUUAAAAUUACAUCAGAGUUUACUCGAAAAGCCAGUGAAGACACUGGGAAUUGUCUCACUUCUUUAUGUGUUCAUUGGAAGGUGCUCUUAUAAAAGGAGUUCAGAAACAAUCCCUUUGACAGUGGUGCAUGUGAGCAACCCUAAUGUAAACCUGUAUCCCCCUGCUAAAAGAGUUUUGCCGCUAUAGACUGAACUAUGGGACUUGUUGUUAUUUUUAUUUUCUUCUUAGCAUACAUGCAUACAUAUGGUUGCACAUCUGUAUGUGUGUGCUCUGUACCUGUGUGAGUGUUGUACAGCCAUGUGAGAGUGGGAGUCCGUGUGUGUGUGCGUGUAUAAAUAAAAGAAGCUGCAGAAACUUUGUAAUACUUUGUGAAAAGGAUUAUAUUAUAAAGGUUUGUACUGUCUUGAGUGCACAGCUACUGGAAUACAUGUAGGGAAUCUCAGGAACAAGCAUAUAAUUUGUCCAAGAAUUAUUUCUUCUCAGAAGUGUAAGUGCAGUUUUUAAUUCUGUAUAUUAUUUAAUAUUUUACCAAUAAAAAUAAACUUCUGACAUGAAA